GGGCCCGCCUGGGCAGGUUGCUGCUGCGCGGCAGAGACGCGGGGAGUAGCUAGGGCAGCCGGGUGCCGGCCGGCCGGGGCUGCUGCUCGCAAGCUCUCCUUCGGGCAGGAGGCGCAGCAGCCUGGCGCAGCCCCCGGGAGGGUGUGUCCUUGCUCGCCCACCCUCCUGCUUUGGGGGUGGAGGGAGGAGGAACCAGCCGCGGCAGGAGGAAGUGGAGGCGGCUCGGAAUAGCGGGCAAAUGGAGACGUGAGAGGCAGCAGCAGCAGCGGGGGAAGGAAGCGAGCUGGUCUCUCGCUGCCCGAGCGUGCAGCCCGACGGCCACUGGGGCUCGCCUCUGUAGCCUGGGGUAGAGGCUUGCUCGGGGCUCCGCUGCUGCUUGGGGGGUGCUGCUCGGAGAGCCGCGGCGUUGUGCUCGCUCCGCGGGCUGCUCCAUUAGCGCACGGAGGAGGAUUUCAGAAGGUAGAAGCUUCCCCUCCGCCAGAGGCACCUUCCCACCCAGCCUCUCCGCUUUCCCUUUCCUGGGAGGGCCUGCAAGGGGAUUGCACGCAAGUUACUGCUGCUCAGAGAGCCUGGACCCUACCCGAGCCAGCCAAGCACGGGGUCUGUCUGGGGAAUAUUGCUGGCGGCUUCCGAGACAGCCUCUGAUUUUUGUUGUUGUUGUAAGUCUCUGCUUUAAAACCCAAGUGCAUAUGAAAUAUUAAAGCCCCUCCCCUGGAUUUUCCCGUUUUGCCCCUCUCAGAGUUCCUUGCACCCCAAGGACUGAAUGACUUCCCUCUAGAGACUUCUUUUUUUGGGGAGGGAGGCACCUCCGUACCAAGCUGCUGCAUCUUGUGUACAAGACUUUUCUCUUUCCUCCUUUAAAAAUAACCCCCACCCCCACUCCGCUGGAGGGUAAGGGAAGAUGCAGACCUUUCUGAAAGGGAAAAGAGUUGGUUAUUGGCUGAGUGAAAAGAAGAUCAAGAAGCUGAAUUUUCAGGCCUUUGCAGAGCUCUGCAGGAAAAGAGGGAUAGAAGUCAUACAGAGAUUGCACUGGUGGAGCUGGACUUUAGCUGAAGACCUCAUUUAACAUGUUCUAACCACUGCUUGGAAAACACCUGGUACAGCAGUUGCAUGUCCACUCAAGGUGUUGUAACCGUGAUACAAACGUAGGGGAUUCCAGCCAAGGACUUCAAAAAUCACAACUCGACCUUACCAAACCGAUUGAAGAUCAGGGCCCGUUGGAUGUGAUCAUACAUAAACUGACAGAUGUCAUCCUUGAAGCAGACCAAAAUGACAGCCAGUCGUUGGAGUUGGUUUACAGAUUCCAGGAGUAUAUUGAUGCUCACCCUGAAACCAUCAUCCUGGACCCCCUUCCUGCUAUCCGUACGCUGCUGGACCGAUCCAAGUCUUAUGAGCUUAUUCGGCGAAUAGAGGCCUACAUGCAAGAUGAGAGGAUCUGUUCACCACCCUUUAUGGAGCUGACAAGCGCCUGUGGAGAAGACACCUUGCAGGUCAUAGAGAAGAAUGGACUAGCAUUCCCAUUCAUUUGUAAAACCAGAGUGGCCCAUGGAACCAACUCUCAUGAGAUGGCAAUCAUAUUCAACCAGGAAGGCCUGAAGGCCAUCCAGCCCCCCUGCGUGAUUCAGAGCUUCAUCAAUCACAACGCUGUGCUGUAUAAAGUGUUUGUGGUCGGGGAGUCCUACACUGUGGUAAAAAGACCAUCUUUAAAGAACUUCUCGGCAGGCAUUUCAGAUAGAGAAUCAAUAUUUUUCAACAGCCACAAUGUGUCGAAGCCAGAAUCCUCCUCUGUCUUAACAGCACUUGAUAAAAUCGAAGGUGUGUUUGAACGGCCAAAUGAUGACGUCAUCCGGGAGAUCUCCAAGGCACUGAGACAGGCUCUGGGGGUUUCCCUCUUUGGGAUUGAUAUUAUCAUUAACAAUCAGACCGGCCAGCAUGCAGUCAUUGAUAUCAAUGCAUUCCCAGGUUAUGAGGGUGUCGCAGAGUUCUUCACAGACCUCCUGAACCACAUAGCUGCUGUCCUACAGGGCCAGACACCAGAGGUGACCCAGCUAAACCUCAGCAAACUCCUGGCUGAGCAGACCGGCGGCAUAGUAGGGGAGCGGACAUGCUGUGCUAGUACAGGCUGCCGAAGCGUGGUGGGAAAAGACUCCUCCUGGAUUGUGGAAAGUGAGACCAAUAGCUCAGUAAAGCUGCAGCACCAGAGACUAGGCUGCAACUCUGCAGUGUCCCCCAGCUUUCAACAGCACUGCGUUGCCACGUUGGCAACAAAAGCUUCCUCUCAAUAGCCAGACAAUGCCGUGGACUAAGGAAAAGCCGUGGGGAGUCAAAUCAUGGUCCUAGAAUCAGAGCAGGCUGUAACAAAUUUCUCAUGAUUUAACCCAAUUUGUUGAUGAAAUUAUCUGAAAAGGAGUGGGGAAGAAAAAUGAUCCGGAUACAUUUCAUCAGAUUCCAUUUGCAAAUCUGUAGUGAGCUUGCACAUGCUUGUGUUUUUAACACUAGACCUUAAUGUGGGAGGGUUGCUUUUGCGUUUUGUUUUAGAUUUUAUUUGUAAUCACCAGUGACCAGCAUUUUAAAAUCAGACCUCAUGGAACCGGAAAGAAUUAAAGUUGACAUGGCAUGCGUGACAAUGCUAGAGAUUUUCACCUUUCCAGAGUACUUCCCAUUCCCUCUUUCCAACUGGACCCUUGAAAAGAACAUUUAAGAAAGCUUCAGUAUCAGCAGAACAGGUGUGCUCAGAGCUUCAUUGGCAACUUGCUGAGGGCACUAGGACUGCACCUUAUUUGGUGGAUCAAAACAGAUUGCGGCUGCCCUCCUGUUUAAAACUGAGGUGGAGACUGCAGUUCCAACUCUGGGGUUCUCUUCCUGGAACCGAGUUGUUUAAGAUAAAGGACGCUUCAAAUUGAAUUUCGCCACAAGAAUGCUACCAUGGCAGUAACAAAUCUUUUCUGAUCCAGCAAGGCUUGAGUUUGAAAAGCAAAGGGUGCAUACUACUAGCGGGAGUUGGGUGUCUUGGUAGAUAAAACACUGCUCUUUGUACUUUUGGCUGGCCGUAAGACCCUAUAGCUUAUUAUUUAGCUGAGAAAAUAAUUGUCCUUCCAUUUCACUCAGGCAAAGUGUAGGAAUGCUUUGCUAGAGGGCUAGCAAAUGGAUCCACUUUUACUUUCACAGAGUAGUACACCAGCCUUGCACAUCUUGUAAAUACAUGUGUAAUUCAGAUUUGUAGCCACUAUUCUCCAUUAAUACAUGGCUAUGCAUAAAUCAUUGCUCUCAACAGUGAUUGAACAUGAGCAAAAUUGGAGAGAGCAGGGUUUUGUGUAAGUUAGUGACUUGUGACAGUUUUUCUGAUUUAGAAACUGUUACUAUCUGGGACCGCUAGAGGAAGCGGGGUAGGUAAAUUACAAGAGUAGUGGGUGUACUCAUUUGUGAACUAUAAUACAGUCUGAUCAUACAUUACAGUUGAGAUACCGUAGCAAAACUAAAAUGUAUGUUCUCUUCCUGCAACACAGCAGCAUCUUCUAUCCUUUUAAAUUUCCUGCAGCUUUUGUCAAUCCUGAACACUAAAUUGGAAGUAACUGAAUCAGACAAUGCUGUAAAAGCAGGUUUCAAGCAUACACAUUAUUUUUGUGGGGCUCAUGGCCUUUCCAUCUUUAAGAAAUCCCUAAACUAUGUUCAUGGAGAUGCUAUUAAGAAAGCUUCACCUUAGUUAAGCUCUGGGAUGUGACAGUUCCAUGUUUUUCUAUCUUAAGCAUUUGUAGAGCAGUCAUCACCAUAACACGUUAGCGCCAACUAAUCUAGUAUCUGAUAGCCAGAGUGGUGGGAAGGAACAAGUAGGGGAUGUAAUACAACCUUAGGAUAGUGGAGGGAGCCAGAGCAGGAAGACACGGAGGGAGGAGUGAGCCAAACCAUUUGAAAAAUGCUCACUGCCAUAUAGUGGUGGCCAUCCCUCAUGGAGAAGUCCUAUAGGGUCCUGUAAAAAUCACUCUUAACCUUUCUGUAGGAUUUUAUUGGGGGAGGGGCUAUCAAUUUCUGUUAACUUCUACAAGACUUUUCCAUAAGUAAUGUCAUUCAUCUUUGGGAUUUCAGAGUCAGAUUUGUAUGAAACACGAAUACAGCAAAGUUCCUGGAUUUGUGUAAAAAUCAAUUCUGAAUUGGGCACCUGUCAUAACCCUACUAUGCGUCGAGGCUGCUGAAUAAUUGCUGAAUCCCACCGUUUACUGCAUGUUGUAGGUCCCAGGUGGCAGGGGUGAAAGUGAGGACGACAACCAUAGUUAUGGACUUAAAACAAUUUUCAUGAUUGACCAAACCUUUCUUAGAACCAAGACUGAAAUAAAAUAGACAUCUAAAGGUUCUUUUUUUGAGAUCUUUUCAUGUUUCAAGUAAAGCAAAGAUGCCCUCAGGAAAGAAUUCACCAGUGUGUAUUUUUGUAUGGUACUCUUGUGUAACUGGCGGGUGGAAUGUUUAUAGAUUUGCCAUUUGCUUCCUUUAUUAAAAUGGAAAAAUUUUAAUGGGUGGUGGUGGGAGGAAAAGAAGCGAUGCUUAAUAUGGUUUAGUAACACGAGACCUUUCAAACUAACUGUGUUUACGUGAAUCAGAGUGUUGGAUCCAGUUAAAAUGUCUGUAUGCUGUUUCCUAGUUAUAACAUUGAAUAAGAAUUUAUUUUCCCUGGCUACCUUCUGAAUUUUGGUUGGCCUAUUUUGCACUGCUUUAUUUCUCCAAAAUAAACUACUGAAAUACAAUUGUGCAUUUUACACUUGUUUACAAAUGAUUGUUAAAAAGAUUAUUUUGUAAUUCUCUGAAGCCUUACGAGAUACUUUACCUAUUUAAGUAUAAUCCAGACCUUGGCAAUAAUUAGAAAAUAAGCUUAGUUCACUAGCAUGAUCCCUGACAGGGUCUUUCCAAAAUUCUAUAAUUUAUUUUUAUUUAUCUAGUUUAUUCGUAUCGGUUUAAUUUACUGGGCACAAAUAUCAUGCAAAUAUUCUUUAAUGAUAUAGCAUUACAAUGGGAUUUCCAUAUAAAUAUCAUGUAGAUACAAUCAUGAUAUGUUUCUUCAGAUUGACUCACAAUAGAAUUUUGCUAAUUCACAUGAACAGCUGGGAGACCAAUGAUGAACUAUUGACAUUUGUGUUCAUGUAUCAAGUACACAAACAAAUGCAGCAGAACAAAAAACAAAACAAACCACCCAAGAUUACUUCACUGUAAAGACAUUCAAGCAUGUCCUCAACUUUAAGAAUGUAUUUAAAUCCUUCCCUAUUCAGGAAAACACUUAAACACAUUCAUCACUUUAAACAAGUGUUUAAGUGCUUUUCUGAAUCAGUGCCUUAUUUGGCAAGUGUAGACUAGCUUUAGUUAUGAUGAUGCUUCAUAGUAAACUGCUCAAUGUUCUGUAGUAUAUUUUAUAAAAGUAAUGGAGUCUUAGUAAUAUUAGACCUCACUAUAGUGUCCUUGCUAUUAAAAUUUUCCUGAGAAUUAGGGAGUGACCACUGUUUUCUGUAUGUGAAUUAUAGGGUGUGUGAAUUAGUGAGAUUCUGCUGUGGUUUCGGAUGUUUACAUACUUAUCAUUGUAUGGAUUGAUAUCAUUUCCACGGUAAUUAGAAUGGUCAACUGUUACCCAAAAUGGACCAAAUUCUGUCCUGUUAACUGUUGUAAAUCCUCAGUAACACUAUUAACUUCAUUGGCCUUUCUCCACGUUUACUCUUGUUUGAAUGGAGCAGAAUUGACUGUGACGGUCAAAGUCUUGGUCCUAUUGAAUCCAAUGAUAGUUUUGCAAUUGAAAGAUCAAGAUUUGCCCUUAUGUAGAGAAUACUUGCAUGGUAUUAGAAUAGCCUGCAGUGGAAAGCCGUUACCAUUUAUCCAUCUAUUCACCCGACCGGCUUGAUUUGCCACAUUAUGCUUUGGUUUGUAGUGGUAAAUCAUUCAGAAGAUACAUACUGCUUUAUUCAAAGGGCAGUUUUAAAAUGCAUCCUAACUGUGAUGAUGAUCAGUGGUUAGGGUUAGUGAAAUAGAACAUACACUUGGACUAUGGCAUUUUUCCUUUUGUUUUAUCCACAUGUCUGGGUAUACAAAACCUAUGUGCUUUAGAUGCUGACUGACUGGGCUGGCUGGCUUAUAGGAUGCAUCUUGUAGCUUAUAGACUGUUGAUUUGUAAAUCUAGGCUUUUUUAAAAUCUGAAUGAUAAAGUGGUUCAAAGAUCCCAGUUCUAAAUGCAUGUGCACUUGUAUGUAGGAGAUCUGUUAGAUUUCGGUGUAAUCUUCGGCGGCAGGUUCCACAAACAAAACCACUGGUAAGGUGUGUUUUUGUUUGUUUAUUUCAUUUUCUUUUAAGUAGCUGAAUACACAUUAAGAGCCUGACCCGAAAGGCUAGUCUACACUGGCAAUGUUUUUGCGACUACAGACUAACACGGCUGCUACUCUGAAACUGUCAGUGUUGGUUUGUGUAGUCACGGCAGAAUGCUGGGAGAGAGCUCUCCCAGCGCUCUAAAAAAACACCUCCACGAGGGGCGUAGCUCCCACCGCUGGGAGCACGGCUACCAGUGCUGGUGCACUGUCUACACUGGCACUUCACAGCGCUGAAACUUUCUGCGCUCAGGGAGGUGUUUUUUCACACCCCUGAGCGAGAAAGUUGCAACGCUGUAAAGUGCCAGUGUGGAUAAGCCCUGAGACUUCAAUGGGAGUGGCAAGUGCUAAGGAUCUCCCAAGGUAAAUCCCAAAAUUCUUCAGAUAAUUUAGGACUGUAUCCAAGCAUGAAACAUUCAAUUGGUGUUUUGCACAGAAAUCGGUAUCAGGAUACAGCCAAAAGGCAACAGAGUAAAACUGGCCAAAAGCUUUAGAUGUCUCUGGAAAAAAUAAUCUUUGAUCCUUUCCAGACUUCUCAGUUUUUAGGCAAACAUUUGCUUCACAAAUUGUGAGAGGAGUGGUAGUGUCAAGUGGAUCUGUGUUUUGUUUUGUUUUGUUUUUUUCAAACUAGCUAGCAGCACUAAGCCUGCACAGCUGUGCAGAAUAUCUUGGUGGUGUUUUUUUUAAUGAAUAAACUCUAGAAAUAGUUUCACAGUUACCCCUGUACCCACUUGCAGUAAUUUACUUGCAUUAUCUUUGCUAAUUUUCUUUUUUUUUUCCCUCCCAUUUUGGUAACUGCUGUAUUGUUUUAUAGCCUUUACCUGUAAAUUAUUCACAGUAUUGCAAUACUUCUUAAAAAUUAGAAGUUGAAGAAAACGGUCAGUGUAGAUUAAAAUGUUUCCUUUAAUAUAAUCUCCUUUUACACACACACACUCACUCUUCCUCUCUCUUCCAGAUCAGCUUAUUGAUUUUAUUUGUACCUGCUGCUUUAAUACCAGUGUCAUAGGGAUGUACUCACCAGAAUAGAUCCUUUUGCACCUUCAUUUCCCCACCCACUCUAUGGAUCCUGGCCACCGAAAGCUGAACUCAUGACUGCAUGUGUCUGUUUAUAUUUCCACUAGAUUCAACAAGCUCUCAUGUGGUUAGGGUUUUAAAAUACAUUUAAGUGAAUCUGGUUCUAAAUAGUGCAGUGAAAUCUAUAGUAAAGUAGAGUGGAUGUUAUGGAAUAUUCCAGCACAUAGCAAUGUUCUGGUUGCUGUUUGAUUUAUACUGAACCUCUGCUUGCUGUGAAGCUUUUCUGUAGUGGGAAGACAACGACAUCGCUAUAAGAAGAUUGUGUGUGUGUGAGUGAGAGAGAGAGACAGACCGAGAUAGUCUGAUGGUGUCACGCGGACUUGGAAGUGUGGCUUGAGCCAGUUUGUCAUUAUUUGCACGGGGAGGGAUGGUGAAUAACAAGAAUCCAAAUCCCUUUGCUGGCUUGGAGCUCCUGAUGCGCUGUUUCAUUGGUGCCCUGGAAAACUCCAGCAUCAGCCAUAAUUGCUAAUGAAUAGAGCUCAUAGAAAUCAGGUCUUCCUGUUAAUCCUUUUUAGGAAAUCCAUAUUGUAUUUUCUUUAUCUUCCAUUCCUUCUACAGUAGUUUUCAGAUAUAAAUUAAUUUAACAAUCUUGUAUGUGAAAAGGCAUAUAUAUCUACACAUAUAUUCAAAUUAUAAAAGGGCGCAUCUAUGUAAGUAUAAAAUAGUGACUCCUGUGUUUGAGAUGUUAGCAGCCCAAAGGAAUGAGAGAGUUGUUUAUCUCUUGUAAAAAGUCAGUGCUGUUUAAAAAAAAAAAAAGUAUUAGAUGUAUUUUUUUAAUUAUUUAUUUCUUUGGAUCAUUUAUUUGGUAUUUUACAUGGCUCCUGCAUAUCCCUGUGAGAACCACACGUCCCACUGAAAUGCAGCCAUUCUCCUUACAAAUAAUCCCUUAAAAUCCUACAGCUUUAAAAAAAAAAUCCCUUCAUGUGUGAAUGGAGUUGUAUACCCCCUUUGUUGUCCUCUUAGGCAUGUUUAAAAUUCAGUGUCUCCAGUACAAAGCCACCAGUUCUUGGGACCAUUUUUUUUUUUUUUUUGGUGCGGAGUUUUACGAGUAUGGUAAUGUCCACACAUGAACCAGCUUUAUAGUGUUAACAAGUUUGUUUUUGUGCUUUGAUUCAGUCCUGUUCACAAAUGACUCAUGAA